AUGUACAAAGAGUCGCAGAAAUGCUGGCAUGACGGUACCGACGAGAAAAUCGGUCCAAAUGUCGUCCAUCAAGACGAAAGAAACACGAGUAGAAAGGCGAUUUCGGUACAACGAGCGUGGCAGGUUGCGGUGCUCGAUACAGAUCGAUUCCAUGUCCCGGCCAACGCCAAGCCAACCAUCUAA